AUGUUGUCGCAAUUCUGCCAGGAUCCACAUAAACAACACUGGACUGCUGCAAUAUACAUUGUUAGAUAUUUGAAUACGACAAAGAAAUUUAAAAUAGUUUAUCGCAAAGAUAGUUUACCAUUAGUUGGUUAUGUUGACGCAAAUUGGGCCACAGACAUUAACGACAGAAAAUCUCAAACUGAUUUUUGUUUCUCCCUAGCAGGUGGUGCCAUUUCAUGGGAAUCAAGAAAACAACGUGUUGUAGCAACCUCUAGCGCUGAGUCGGAAUAUAUCGCUCUUGCAGAAGCAUCUAAAGAAGCUUACUACUUGAGAUAUCUACUAAGUGAAUUGGAGUACUUAAAUGAUAAUGCAACUAUAGUAUACAUUGACUCCCAAAGUGCGCAACAAAUGGCCAAAUUUGGAGGCCAUCAUUCAAGGACCAAACAUAUAGAUUAUAAAUACCAUUUUAUACGCCAAGCUGUUGAAGACAAAAUAAUAGAUGUCCAAUAUAAGCCGACUUCCGAGAUGGUGGCACACGUUUUAACAAAACCACUACCCAACAUUAAACAUAAUUUUUGCAUUUCAUCAAUGGGUAUUCAAGUAACCAUUUAA